UCUCCGGUGAUGGAUAGAAUACUAAUAUUUUCUUUUCUCCAUUGCUACUGCAGAGGUUGCAGGUUCAGUGGUCAUUUUGAUUGACUACUCCAGAUUUGAAGGGAUCGAGGCUUUCAGGGUUUUUGUAAGGGUGUAGUUGGAAUCAGUUGAACGGAUAUAAAUGUAUUUAAAUAAAAAAAGAAAUAGGAUUUCCGCUUAACUUAAGAUAUCCACUUUUUUUGUCUACAUGGAUUUUGACCGAACUUGCUGAUGCAAAGCCGACCUGGUUUCUUUGAAGAAGAAGUUGUACCUUUUGUAUUGUUGGUGGGAAUUCCGUGGUUUGGAAUCAUCUAUGGGGUGGCGCUGUAUUUUUGGACUCCCUGAAGUGCAGUUUGGAAGCACAUACUACACCAAAUUGUUGUGCUAUGUCCACUGGUGAAAGCUGCCAUUUUAUAAAUUGCAUUGUUGCAUUUUACCAUGGCAGAGUCAACACUUCUUGAGCUUGUAAUAUCGAUUUUAUACUGGGCUUGUAAAAACCGCCAAUCUGUUAAUUUUGUUCCUCAGGUAUGUGGCUUGGGAAAGCCUUAGGCGUAUCAAAUGCAAUGCAACAUAUACAUCUGCUUUAAGUACGCUGAAGUGUGUGUUGAAGAGGUCAUCAAUUGCCAUUUCCCGGUGGAUUAUGUUGUGGUUGUACAACUGACUGUGCAGUUAAAUUGCAUUUUCUUUUUUAGGUUUGACCAUUUGACACAGCCAUUGUUUCUCAGCAGGUCUCCAUGUUGUGCCAAUCACAGAUGUGCGUUUGGAAUUUCUUGGGGUACAGGUCUACAAAACGAAGCAGCUUCUUACGUCCUGUCCUUGUCUGUAGAGGUUUGGUCAGCGGUGUUAGUUCAUUGAACACUCAUGAUCUUCUACUAGCAGGGUACAUGCAUUCUUUUAAACAAAAAUCAGAAUCGUUGAUUUUGCUCUCAGGUCCAUUUAGGGAGCAGAUGUUGGAGAUUGCCGAAUUUCUUUCCCCCCCUAUUUUGUGAAGCCAGUUGGUAGAUUGUUUCUCUAUAGUUAGUCAUCAGCAAGAAAUGUAGAUUUACUGGUGCAUCGACUGCAGUUGUCCUUUUGACAAAGUCUUAACUUGGUGGUCAUGUAGUGGGCUAGACAGAUUGAGAUUUAAAUUGAAAUUGGGACAAGUAUGCAAUGUGGCUUUUCGAUGGCAGCGCAACCAUUUCCAGUGGCUGACCGCUAUUCAAACUCCAGUUGUCCUCCGUUAUGGCUCAUGGUGUUCGGGGGAUAUUACAAGGACAGGCUAAGAAUUUAGUGACGUAUUUACACUCGCCCUGUGCGAUACAAGCUUGCUUUUUGUAGACCUGUACCGGAUUGUGUUGCUGCGGACGCUGAGGUGCGGGGAAGAGGCUCUGGACUGUCAGUCGGAGCCCGCUGUCACCAGCCGACUGUUGUGUCUGCUCUAAACCCCCAUUGUUCUCUCGGCUUCUCUCCCUUUGGUGUGUGUCGUCUCUGGAAUCUGAUUUGUAGUGGGUGAGGUAACGUACGUGGAACACUUAAUGGACGCAGAAGGAAAAUCAAGGGUAAGUGAAAACACAUGAAUCAAAACACUGAAUAACGAUAGACCGACCCACCGUCUCCUUGGGUUUAUUGUAAUUGUGGGGAAUUGUUGUGACUCUGAGGGGCAGCGUCUCCGAUGGUGGCUCGCAGGAUGAGUGGAUUCGGUGUUGUCUGGCAACUCUCAUUGAAGCCCUCUCGGAGGCUUAUCUUUAUCUAGCAGGUUUCUCGGUAGCCAAUCUCGGGAGAUUGCCAACGAUGUUGUGAUUUUCUGUUGUUGGGUUACAAUGCGAAGUUUCAUGGGGGUCCGUUCCGCAAGAGGUUGCAACACGGUGGUUACUCGUAACUCCUUCUGUAGAAUUGCUUCAGUGGCACAGAGGCUUUUACCGGAAAAUCUUUGGCGGUGAAUAUUGGAAAAUCCUUUUGAGAAGGGUUUGUAAUUGGCCAAUGCUACUUUGGUAUUGAAUGUUUAAUUCUAGUUGUGAUCAAUGGUUUAUGAUCUGUUAACCUUGAGUGUAUGAAGGCAAAACCAAGUCCUGUCCAAUACUAUUUGUAUUUUUUUGUGACGCUUCACAUGUUGUGUGCAUGUCAUUUACUUGUGAUCAAUUAUAUCUGCCACUUAUAAUGCCAAAGUCUCUUAAUCUCUGGAAAACAAUCGUUUUGCUAACUUGAAUGUCCUUUCCCCGUUUCCGUGGUUUCCGUGGUCAUCUUCAAUCAACAAAGGGUUGCGCUGUCGUCGAGUUCAGGACUGAAGAGCUCAUGAAGAAGGCUGUGGAGAAGGUCAACAAACACAUGCUGAACGGGCGUCCGCUCAAAGUCAAAGAGGACCCUGAUGGUGUGAUCGCCCAGAGGGAGGCUCACAAAGCCCAGGGCGGCGGCGGAGGGCCCGGCGGCCACGGAGGCAUGGGCGGGAUGGAGCGGAUGGACCGCAUGGACCGCAUGGGCGGCAUGAACAUGGACCGCAUGGGAGGCAUGAACAUGGACCGCAUGGACCGCAUGGGAGGCAUGAACAUGGAGCGCAUGGGCGGGAUGGAGCGCAUGGGAGGCAUGGACCGGAUGGAGCGCAUGGGAGGCAUGAACAUGGAGCGCAUGGGAGGCAUGGAGCGCAUGGGAGGCAUGGAGAGGAUGAACAUGGACCGCAUGGGGCCAGGCCCCGGCGGACCCCCCACCGUGAACAUCCCACCCAGCCUGAUGAACAACCCCAACAUCCCCAACGAGAUCAUCCAUGGCCUGCAGGCCGGCAAGAUCGGGAGCACCGUGUUUGUGGCCAACCUGGAUUACAAGGUGGGCUGGAAGAAGCUGAAGGAGGUGUUUGGCAUGGCCGGCGUGGUGGUCAGGACGGACAUCCUCGAGGAUAAGGACGGGAAGAGCCGAGGAAUGGGCACCGUGACGUUCGACAUGCCCAUUGAAGCGGUCCAGGCUGUCUCUAUGUUCAAUGGCCAAUUGCUCUUCAAUCGGGUCAUGCACGUCAAACUGGAUGAGAAAUCUCUUCCCAAAGGAGAUUUCGGACCGCCUGAGAGACCAGCUGCUCUUCCUCGUGGCCUGAGCGGUAUUGGUCUUGGGCUCGGGCCAGGGGGCCAGCCCAUCGAUGCUACCCAGCUCAACAGAGGAGAAGGCAGGGGAGCCGGGAUGGGCAACAUGGGUCCCGGAGGGAUGGACGGAAUGAACUUCGGUGGGAUGGGAGGCCGAGCAGGAGGUAUGGACAACUUUGGAAGUGGAGGUGGUGGUGGUGGUGGUGGAGGAGGCGGAGGAAACAACAUGGAUCGUUUCGGGCCCUCUGGCAUGGGCAGGAUGAACGAGAUGGAGCGUGGGAUCGCUGGUGGUUUCGACCGGGAGUUCGGCCGGAAUGAAAUGGGCAUGACCCGCAACAAUUUUGGAGACUCUUUUGAUAGAGGCGUGGGGAACUCCCUCGGAGGAGACCGUAUGAACUCUGGACUGGAUCGUCUGGGGACCGGACUGGACCGCCUGGCCGGAAUGGACCGCCUGGGGAUGGACAGGCUGGACCGCGGGGCCGACCUGGACCGGCUGGGGGGUACCGGCGGCUUCGACCGCAUGGGCUCCGGGAUCGACAGGCUGGGGCCCAGUAUGGACCGCCUGGGCUCUGGCCUGGACCGCAUGAGCUCCAGCAUGGAGCGCCUGGGCCCCGCCGGGUUCGACCGCCUGGGCCCGUCCAGCUUGGACCGCAUCAGCACCAGCCUGGACUUCAGCUCCCCGAUGGGCAUGGAUCGCAUGGGCAACACCGGGCUCGACAGGAUGGGCCAGAACAACUUUGACCGCAUGGGGUCUUCCGGGGGUCUGGAUCGCUUCCCCACCGGCGGCCUCGACCGCAUCGGCUCCAACAUGGACCGCAUGGGAGCCGGGAACGUCGGCGCGCAGUUCGACCGCCCCGCCGACAUGGACCGCAACACCUUCGGGGGCAACUCCUUCGUCGGGGCCGGGGCUGGGGGACCCGGAGUCGGCGGCGUCAACGCCAGGAAGGGCUGCCAGAUCUUUGUCAGAAAUCUGCCCUUUGACUUCACAUGGAAGAUGCUGAAGGAUACCUUUAGUACAUGUGGCAUGGUGCAGUAUGCGGACAUCAAGAUGGAGAACGGCAAGUCAAAGGGCUGUGGUGUGGUACGCUUCGACAACCCAGAGACGGCGGACCGCGCCUGCCGAAGCAUGAACGGAUAUCGCCUCAACGGCAGAGAGAUCGACGUUAGGAUCGAUAGAAAUGCAUAAGUUCACUUUUCCGUCAAAGUUCCAUAUGUUGUCCUGAUUCCAUACAACCGACCUGUCAUUUGAGUGACCGUUCCAACUUUUACUUGGUUUAUUAGUGCUGUUUUAGUUAUUUCCCUUUUUUAGUGACCACAUUUCUAUGAUUUGUCAUUCUUUAACUGUCAAGGCCUUUGUUGUUUAAGGUGUUUUGAUAAAUAAAUCUUAACAUUUGGAAAUUA